CGUGCAGCCUGGCUUGGCUGGCAAUUAAACACGAAAGUUCUCAUUGGGUGUUUUCGAGACUACAGCGGGGGAAUCAGCUGCCAGUUUACUGCGCUGUGGAAAACUCGAUGAGAUUCCGGAAUUGGAAUCAAAAUGCUAAUUUGAAAGGCCAAGUGAAGCUGCGCCUCGCGUUCUGGCGUGCCUGCGCUCUCUGCAGGCUGAGCAGACAAAGAGCUAGGCGCAGACCCGCCGCCGACCUGUUUUCCCCGAAAUAAUUCUGGAACAAUGCCCGAAGUGCCGGAGGCCAUGGAACAGGAGGAAGUUAAUAUUCCCAGUAGGCGUGUUCUGGUCACUGGUGCCACUGGGCUUCUCGGCAGAGCUGUACACAAAGAAUUUCAGCAGAAUAACUGGCAUGCCGUUGGCUGUGGUUUUCGAAGAGCAAGACCAAAAUUUGAACAAGUUAAUCUGUUGGAUUCUGAUGCAGUUCAUCACAUCGUUCAUGAAUUCCAGCCUCAUGUCAUAGUGCAUUGUGCAGCAGAGAGAAGACCAGAUGUUGUAGAAAAUGAGCCAGAUGCUGCCUCGCAACUUAAUGUGAAUGCUUCUGGGAAUUUAGCAAAGGAAGCAGCUGCAGUUGGAGCAUUUCUCAUCUACAUUAGCUCAGAUUAUGUGUUUGAUGGAACAAAUCCACCUUAUAGAGAGGAAGAUAUGCCAGCUCCCCUGAAUCUUUAUGGCAAAACAAAAUUAGAAGGAGAAAAGGCUGUACUGGAGAAUAAUUUAGGAGCUGCUGUUUUGAGGAUUCCUAUUUUAUAUGGUGAGGUUGAAAAGCUUGAAGAAAGUGCCGUGACCGUUAUGUUCGAUAAAGUACAGUUCAGCAACAAGUCAGCCAAUAUGGACCACUGGCAGCAGAGGUUCCCUACACAUGUCAAAGAUGUAGCCACUGUAUGCCGACAGCUGGCAGAAAAGAGAAUGCUGGAUCCAUCAAUCAAAGGAACCUUUCACUGGUCUGGCAAUGAGCAGAUGACUAAGUAUGAAAUGGCGUGUGCGAUUGCAGAUGCCUUCAACCUCCCCAGCAGCCACUUAAGACCUAUUACUGACAGCCCCGUCUUAGGAGCACAACGUCCAAGAAACGCUCAGCUUGACUGCUCCAAAUUGGAGACCUUGGGCAUUGGACAGCGGACACCGUUUCGAAUUGGAAUCAAAGAAUCACUUUGGCCUUUUCUCAUUGACAAGAGAUGGAGACAGACAGUUUUUCAUUAGUUUAGGUGUUACAUUUUUUGUUUUUUUAAUGAAUAGUAUAGUAUGUGGCACUUUGUAAAGAAUAAAGGAAAUAGUUUUGUAUGA